AUGAUUUCAACACUCAUCACCCAUAUUAUCAACCCAUUGGCCCUAAUCGUACCCGUUCUACUAGCAGUUGCAUUCCUCACCUUACUUGAACGGAAAGUGCUCGGUUACAUGCAACUCCGAAAAGGCCCCAAUAUCGUCGGACCUUAUGGCCUUCUCCAACCUAUCGCUGAUGGUAUUAAACUUUUUAUCAAAGAACCUGUUCGACCUUCCACCGCAUCCCCAGUCCUUUUUCUUUUAGCACCUAUGCUCGCUCUCACUCUUGCUCUUACACUAUGAGCCCCUAUGCCUCUUCCAUACUCCACAGUUGACCUUAACUUGGGGAUCUUAUUUGUCCUCGCACUGUCAAGCCUUGCAGUUUACUCUAUCCUCGGCUCAGGUUGAGCAUCAAAUUCAAAAUAUGCCCUCGUUGGGGCACUCCGAGCCGUAGCACAGACCAUCUCUUAUGAAGUCAGCCUAGGACUUAUUUUACUUAAUAUCAUCAUCCUCACAGGGGGUUUCACUCUUCAGACCUUUAACACAGCCCAAGAGGCUGUCUGACUAGUUUUGCCAGCAUGACCUCUAGCUGCAAUAUGGUAUAUUUCCACACUCGCCGAAACAAACCGGGCACCCUUCGAUCUCACCGAAGGAGAGUCCGAACUCGUCUCAGGCUUCAACGUCGAGUAUGCAGGAGGACCCUUCGCCUUAUUCUUCCUAGCCGAAUACUCCAACAUCCUCUUGAUAAAUACCUUAUCCGCUGUCUUAUUCCUGGGCGCCUCACACAUUCCCACUAUCGCGACCCUGACGGCUAUUAAUCUAAUAACCAAGGCGGCACUUCUUUCAGUUGUUUUCCUUUGGGUGCGGGCCUCUUACCCCCGGUUUCGAUACGACCAGCUAAUACACCUGAUCUGGAAAAACUUUCUCCCCCUCACCCUAGCGCUGAUUAUUUGACACUUGGCACUUCCCACUGCACUUGCUGGACUUCCACCGCAACUGUAA